AUGUCCCUCUCCCUCCGCGGCAAAAACGUUCUGGUGACUGGAGGCUCCCGUGGGCUAGGAGCCUGCGUGGUGCAGCGCUUCGCAGCGGAAGGCGCGAACGUGGUGGUGAAUUACGUCUCUGCCGCCGACCGCGCGGAGGCGCUGGCGAAGGAGGUGCGGGAGCAGUACGGGGUUAAGGUGUUGGUCAUUUGUGCGGAUGUUGGGAGAGAUCUGGAGUGUAAGAGGCUUGUGAAGGAGACUGUGGAAGGGUUGGGGGGCUUGGACGUUAUUGUCUCCAAUGCUGUGGGUUUCUCUCUCUCGCUCCCUCGGCUUGCUGCGCGCGGGGUGGGACUGAUUUGGGGGGUGGGGGAGGUGUAGGGAUGGACUAAAGUAUCUGAUUGGAAGGACUUGUAUGCACUGGGGGAGGAGGAAUGGGAUAAGGUAUCAUACUUGUCAGUAUACCACCCUGGAAGUUACUGUACUAACGGGAAUAGUGCUGGGCGGUAAAUGUGAAAGCGAACCUCCACCUUCUGCGCGCAGCGCUACCAACAUUCAAUGCGAACCCUGACGGCGGAUCCCUACUUAUUACUUCUUCGAUAGCUGUUUUUACCCCCCCCAUUCCUCCCACUCUUUCCCCUCCCCUACUAACUUACCAGCGCACGCUAGGGCAUACAAACCUUCGGUAGCGCAAUGGCAUACUCGGUGUCAAAGGCGGCCGGACUCCACCUUAUGCGCUGUCUGGCGUACACCCAAGGACCCAAAAUCCGGGUCAACGCUGUCCAACCCGGUCUUCUGAUGACCGAGUGGGGGAGGAAUUUCCCCGAAGAGACAGUCGAGAGGACGAAGGAGAGAUCAAGGUUGAAGGUUGCGGUGGGAUUUUCCCUUUUUUUCUUUCUUUCUUGUUUCGUGGGAUUGUGCUGGGGCUAAUGGAGGGAGGGAUAGCCUACGAUUGAGGAAUGCGCCGAUGCAUUUGUGCUCAUGGCUAAAAGCUCAAGUAUGACGAGUAGUACGCUUAAGAUU